CAAAGGGUCCGCGCGCCACGGAUUGACAUAGCUCGGAAGUUCAAGGAUAAGGAGUGGAUCGAAUUCGACUCGAAACAGAUGAAACCUGACAAUAGCAAAGGAUUGGAGUCAUCUGCAUCUUGGGUAUCUUUUGGAGCGUUUCUGGAAGGUUACGCCGUCGAAUCUGAGGCGAACAGCGACAUUGCGGUCAGCAGUAGUUUGGCCUUUUUACCCGUUAGCAAAGCGUUCCUGAUGACUUUUGCUCUUGUGGGGCGUUUUUCUGACGAGCCAAAUAGAAGGCGCAAGAUCAAAGGAGAUGGGGCUAGGACGUGGGAUAGACGCAAUGUCAGAAGAUACAUAAAGUAUGAUUUCGAGCUCGGGCCACGACACGGUCGUCGACUGAUCACAGAACUUCAUGAUUUGACUGGAACUUUGAGUUUCCAGAUGCUGGAUGAGGAUAAUCUUGAACCUGUUGCUGGCGAGGUUGUCAAAUCGUCAUGGUCGGUUGCCUUUGACGGGGAGUCCACCCUGGAGCCGCUUGAGAUUCCUCCGAACCCCAUCAGUCUUGAGGACAUUGCUAUGCUGUCUUUGGGCUUUCUACCCUUUUGUGGAGACAAUUAUAUCAACUUUCUUGACCCAUUAGAAGACGACGAUGGCAGGGGCGAGGAUCGUGAUACCGACGAGACCAAUCAGGUUGCAAAAGGAUAUACGAGAUACACAAGAAUAGUCUCAGGCACAAGGAGAAUAGAAAGGGAUGACGGAGACCAUGAUGACGUUUCAGACCAUCUUCGGCCAGUAGGCAGGGCAAAAACGCCCGCACGCUUCAAGUCCAUCAUCGAUCCGAACGAGCCACCAAUCACGGUCAUUGCAUAUCAGCUACGGGACAUCAUCUUGGUUGAAGCGAAAAUCUUAGCACAUUUGCCCCUACAAGAAAAUGCUAAGUAUUUCGCACUUUUUGAAAUGGGACUCGACGGAAGGACUCAAUCAGAACUACAAAGGUUAUCUGACCAUACUUUUGUGCCAGCCGCCGCACCCUGGGUUCGACUAGAUGUACCAUCUUAUGCACAAAACAACUCCCGUAAGGAAUACUAUAUCAGGCGUGUAGACGCCCAGCGAAUCGCCCUGAGUUUGCUCAAUAUACCUUGGCACCCCGAGGGAUAUCUUUUACCUGGCGUCGUAAACAAACACAGUCGAGCCAAAGUGGUGUACCGGUUAGGUUCAAUCUCUGGAAGAACACGUCCAUUUCUCAUUCGCCUUCGGGCAGGGGUUUCAGCAUUGGAUCUUAGUUCCAAAGAUCCUGUGCAGCCAUGA